GUAAUGGUACACAACUGAAAUGAAAUGAAUGGAGUUUUACGUCCUACUCUUCUGCACCUUGUGGGCUAAUGAAGACUGGUAAUGGUACACAAGGCAAUUGAGGAGUACUGUACAUUAAAAGGAUUUUAAACCAAAGCUUCACGAAUGUGAUCAGGUCGUCAAUAAAAUUGGACUUGUUUAAAGUCGAUGAAAGGUGUUUUGACAGCUGAUGAAUGGAUUUAAAACUGUCGUGAUUGAAUACUGGUGAUUGAGUAUUGGUGGUUUAUUGUAAGGAAAUGAAGUCUCUUACUGAAUAAAUCUGUUCAUAGCUUGAUAUCAAAUAUGGAAACCGGAAGUACAACAUGCGUGACCUAUCGUAACAACACCUUUCUUCCCAGUUUGACAGAUAAUCAACGCCGGUUCCUCGUCACUCCAGCUUCAAGCGUCAUUUCCGGUCGACCUGACAUGGUCUUCGGUCUUGGUCGAGAUACUAUUAGCAGCACGGACAUUAGCAAACCUCAAAUAACGCCGAGUGGUGCUAAUGACGUUAAAACUCCAGUGGCCCAUGAAUCUCCGAUGAAUAAGACGGAGGUUAAGGAUUCCGCACCGGAUGUUACCGACAACGCACCAAAUGCUUUAGAGCAAAACCCGGAAAGUAAGAACGCAGCAGACCAUUCUCCAAAAGUGGACAAAGAAAUCUCUUCAACCAGCGAAUUAGCCGCGUUGAAGGCGCAGAUUAUCCAAAAUGGCGAUAUGGAACUACAAGAGAAUUUCUCCAAAGAGCCAGAACAUAGUUUUCUGAAAGCAAACUCUGAAGACGGGUUUUCGGAAGCAUUGGACAGCGUGUCUCAAUAUAAAACUAAAUUAGACGAAGUCGGAUCUAAAGAGAACUCAUUUAUUAAACAGUCCGGCGUUCCAAAACAGACGUACCUGACGGAGACGCAAGACGACACGGACGAAGAGCAGAAGUGGACGGAAGCGCUGCAGAGGCAUCACGAGCUCGGGACGUUACCGGAAGGAGAUGUACCAAAAGAAGAUGCCUUAACUAAGCACAGUCGACUAAGCCAGGGCAGUGCCCAUGUUCGUCUGCCCUCCAGCACUGAUGAAAAUAAAUUUACCUAUUGGGACAGGGGACGACAGUUCAAAAGAGUACCAGCUAAACUGAUAAGACUGGCAUCUCGAUCUGCUAGGAACUCUGCCGACAGUGAAGGAAAGAGCACUUUUUACAGUCCCCCGAAACCGACCCCCAAAGUAGUGAGUUUGGAUGAGGCCAUCAACUCCAGGCCGCCAUUAAGGAUCGACUUAGACGGACCUAACCCCUGCACCUACUCGCCACGAAAUAAACCCCUUCACGAGAACAACUCGCCAUCUUGGAGUUUUGGAAAGAAAUGUUACAUUGAGAAAAGUGGAGGGGCGAGGACUUCCUGGGGUAAAAUGUGGUAUCAGACCCCCCACGUUUGGCAAUAUAAAGUUGAUUUUAAUGCAGAUGUCGAGUGGCCCUCUCCGGCGCAUUACCCCCAACCUCCCCUACUGGGUCAAAAACAACCAACAGUACAUGAGGCUCCUUCUUACAGUAUUGGAGUCCGAAAGAAUACUUCGUCUUCUUACCGAAUAGGGGUGGAAAAUAUGCCAUCGCCGAUAGACUACGACAGACAGACAGCCGAUAGACUGACCCAUCCUAGACAGCCAGCGUUUACUCACCAGUUUAGACGAGAGGGCACGGUACUCUGGGGCAACACAGAGCCGACACCGGGGCCAGGAUCGUACUCUCCCCGGGGCACGAGUUUACACAGAUCACAUACAAUCUCUGGUUGCAGACGAGACAAAUCUCAUAGUCUGGGACCAUUUUCUUAUCUUUAAUUUGAAACAGUGCACAGCCUACCCUCCCUUCCGUGUCGGGAACAGUUUUCGGAUUACGUUUAAGUUCAUCCGAUACGAGCUCAAAGGAAGACAAUAGGCAUGACCGUGGUUUCGCCGAAGUUUCGUUAUCCACCCUUGAAAUAUUUUGGAGCAAUGAAAGAACUUUUAAGACCCUUUUUGGACGGACGGAUAUCACCUUUAAAACUAUAGAAACAAAACUGAAAGCGGAAACGACUUAUCUUACGAUAUUUCAGAAUUUGAAUAUGAUAUUAUAUAUAACUUGAAAAUAAAUAUUAUGUUGUGAACGCUAUUAAUGUGAUAUUUGUAUGUAAAUAAAAUGAUAGUAUAC